AUGGAGCUUGAAUUAGGACUCAAAAUCACUAAACCAAGAGAUGACAUUACUUCCAUCUCUCAGUAUCAGUUAGUCAAGAAUCGAACCGGAUCGGUUUUCGAGUCUAGAGAAACAAACACCAUGUUCAUCCUCAUUGCUCAUCUUAAAGGUUAUAAGAGGAAUAAUAUUGACAUAAAGAUUAGUGAAGAUGGUAGUAAGAUAUCAAUUAAUGGAGAGAAGCCAAUUCAGAAAAUGAUGAUGGGAUGGGUAAUGCUCAAGAAAGAUGUGGAGAUUACACAGUUCAAUAAGGCCUUCAAAAUUCCUGAAGUGUUGGUUUUGGAAGCGAAGUUUGACGAAGAGGAAUCGAUAUUGAAGAUUGUUGUUAUCAAGAUUAUUUUUUUAUUAAUAAUAGGCUUACCAUUGUAA